AUGACGUCCCUGAGAGAGUACACUUCUGCUGAAGUUGCGGAACACAAGACCAAAAAGGACCUAUGGAUCAUCGUACACGGAAAAGUCUAUAAUGUCACCGAGUACGUCCGCGACCAUCCUGGCGGACCGGAUGUUCUUUGCGACGUCGCAGGAACCGAUGCAACGGAAGCGUACGACGAGAUUGGCCACUCCGAAGAGGCUGACGACAUAUUGGAGACCUACCUCGUCGGUAGGUUAGAGGGUACGCAAGAUGUUACUCGUCCGAAGCCUGCUCUUCCCAGUCGAGAAGAGCUACCGCAAGCAACUACCAACAUCGCGCCAAGCACAAGUGAUAGCAGUCCUACUAGUAGUACAAGCAGAAUUACUAUUGGAAGUAUCUCCAUCGCUAGUGGUUCAAUCGCGGGGCUGGCAGCGCUGCUCUAUCUCUACAAAAGUUGUCAUUUGCCCCUGGAUAAAUUUUGGUCCCUGCUGCCACAGUUAGCGCCAGCUUGGGUACACAGGCUUCCAGUGCCGAGAUUGAGUCUGGCACGAAAUGGGUUUCUGAAUGGACUAUUCUCUGGCUUUGUCUUUUCCGGAAGUGCUGGAGGUUUGAUUGGUGUCAAGCUAUCACAGUUCACUGAAAUCGAAUCAGGAUUCACUCAGUACCCUCCGUACAUCGAGGCCAGGAAAAGGUCAGAGAUCAAUCCUCACGAGGUCAAGGGAUUCCUCUCGCCCAAGGACUUCAAAGAGCUUCCGCUUGUCGCCAAAACACUCCUUUCACCGGGCGUUUUUCUCUUCACUUUCCAGCUUCCAAAACCGCAGGACGUUAUCGGCCUUCCAAUUGGACAACACGUGGCCAUCAAAGCAAUGGUCAAUGGACAAUCAAUUUCCAGAUCGUACACACCAACAUCGAACAACCUUGAUCUUGGUAUUCUGCAACUGGUUAUCAAGUGCUACCCGGAUGGUCUACUCACUGGAAAAUACCUUGCGAACCUCACUGUGGGUGACAAAGUGCCUUUCCGAGGGCCCAAGGGUGCGAUGAGAUACCAACGUGGUCUCUGUCGACGUAUCGGCAUGAUCGCUGGUGGAACCGGCAUUACUCCGUUGUACCAGCUCAUCCGUGCUAUCUGUGAGGAUGAGCGUGAUACUACAGAGAUCAGUCUUAUAUAUGCCAACCAGUCUGAAGAAGAUAUUCUCCUUCGCAAUGAGCUGGAGAGGUUUGCACGAAGAUACAACAACGUCAAAAUCUGGUACAUGCUGGAUCGACCCUCUCAGAAUUGGGCUUACGGAAAAGGAUUUGUUACGCCUCAGGUCAUAAGCGACAAAUUGCCAGGUCCAGCUGUCGAUACGAAAAUUAUGCUCUGCGGACCACCGGGAAUGAUCAAUGCCUGUAAGAAGGCUUUAGUCCAGCGCGGCUUUGAAGCCCCUGGCCCAGCCCCCAAGAUGACCGAUCAGAUAUUUUGCUUCUGA